CAGAUACAGGCACAGCUCGACUAGCGUGCUCGCUGAGCAGAACAGCAAAAGCCUGGCGGUCGCCGGGCCCAAAGCCAACGCGAACCCGCAACCAGUUUUUACAUCUUAGCACUGACAUGCUCAUGCAAUGUCCUAGCAAAAUAGCUGGGCGAAAGAGGCCUUGAAAAGUCGAAUUUGAGCGUUGUACGGCUGCCCAUUCCGCCUGGUCAAAUACGCCGCUCGCUCUCGCUGAAGGCUAUUUCGCAAGCGACCACUGACUUGACCGUUCAUACAGCAAUUAGUUUGCUGUCACUUCCUCUCUUCUUCACUCCUCAGUAACUCCACAAGCCAAAAUGUCUGGCAAGGGCGCGAAGGGUCUCUCCGGCAAGGGUGCCAAGGGCACCAUGGGCGACAAGCUCAAGGGUGACAAGCGUAAGCCCACGUCGCGUUCGCAGAAGGCCGGCCUGCAGUUCCCUGUGGGACGUAUCCACCGUCUGCUCAAGAGCCGUGUGACGGCCAACGGUCGUGUCGGUGCUACGUCCGCCGUGUACGCGGCGGCCAUUCUCGAGUACCUGACUGCCGAGGUGCUGGAGCUGGCUGGUAACGCUUCCAAGGAUCUGAAGGUGAAGCGUAUCACUCCUCGCCACUUGCAGCUCGCCAUUCGUGGUGAUGAGGAGCUGGACACGCUCAUUAAGGCUACCAUUGCCGGCGGUGGUGUGAUUCCUCACAUCCACAAGUCGCUGAUCAGCAAGCAGCAGAAGAAGGAGGGCCUGCCCAUGAUGGCGUAAACGCUCUCGUCUGGCGGUUAAAGCGUGCUGCCGUUUCAACGACCCUGGGUGCCAGCCGACUUCAAGACGACAACUUGACCUCCGACAAGGCUGAAUCACCGGUACCUGACAUCAGUUGUAGAGCGACAUGGGCAGUUCCUGCGGCUGCAUAACUGCGGUUGGAGGGCUUCACUCGCGGUUGUAGAGAGAAGCCCGACGUGUGACUUCGAGAGGACCGUGUACCAUAUAGGACUGCCGCUAUGACUUUCUAGGUUUGACUUGACUCGCACAUACACACUAAGCUAGGACCUGACUCUGACUUUUGACCAUGACCGUUAAAAUCGGACUGCUCCGAAGCCGUACCGCAUACUCAUGAUGCGGACGUGCUGCUCAGCUUGUUGCGUGUGUGGCCACAUGGACGCCACCAAUUGCCCGCCCAAUGCGCGGAUACAAAAUUCAUGCUGUAACUCAUCAAGAGU